AUGCUGCGCUGCAUGCCGCCGCUCUGGCGCUGCAACCGGCACGUGGAGGCGCUGGACCGGCGGCACUGCUCGCUGCAGGCCGUGCCCGAGGAGAUCUACCGCUACAGCCGCUCGCUGGAGGAGCUGCUGCUGGACGCCAACCAGCUCCGGGAGCUGCCCAAGCCUUUCUUCAGGCUCCUGAACCUGCGCAAGCUGGGCCUGAGCGACAAUGAGAUCCAGAGGCUGCCCCCCGAGGUGGCCAACUUCAUGCAGCUGGUGGAGCUGGACAUCUCCCGCAACGACAUUCCAGAAAUUCCUGAGAGCAUCAAGUUCUGCAAAUCCCUGGAAAUUGCAGACUUCAGUGGGAAUCCUCUCUCCAGGCUGCCUGAGGGCUUCACCCAGCUCCGGAGCCUGGGCCACCUGGCCCUGAACGAUGUGUCCCUGCAGAGCCUCCCCACUGACAUUGGGAAUUUGGCAAACCUGGUGACUUUGGAGCUGCGUGAGAACCUGCUAAAGACUCUCCCCACCUCCCUCUCCUUCCUUGUCAAGUUAGAGCAGUUGGAUCUCGGUGGCAAUGACCUGGAAGUGCUGCCGGACACUCUGGGUGCGCUCCCGAACCUGCGCGAGCUGUGGCUGGACAGGAACCAGCUCUCGGCUCUGCCACCGGAGCUGGGCAACCUGCGCCGCCUGGUGUGCCUGGACGUGUCUGAGAACAAGCUGGAGCAGCUGCCCAACGAGGUCAGCGGGCUGGUGGCCCUGACGGACCUGCUGCUGUCACAGAACCUGCUGGAAUGCAUUCCCGAUGGGAUCGGUCAGCUGAAGCAGCUCUCCAUCCUCAAGGUUGACCAGAACAGGCUGACAGACAUGACAGAGUCGAUUGGGGACUGUGAGAACCUGUCUGAGCUCAUCCUGACUGAGAACAUGCUGACGGCCUUGCCCAAGUCCCUGGGCAAGCUGGCCAAGCUGACCAACCUGAACGUGGACCGGAACCGGCUGACAGCGCUGCCAGCAGAGAUUGGAGGCUGUGCCAACCUCAACGUGCUGUCCCUGCGCGACAACCGCCUGGCACUGCUGCCCCCCGAGCUGGCCAACACCACCGAGCUGCACGUGCUGGACGUGGCUGGCAACAGGCUGCAGAACUUGCCCUUUGCUUUGACAAAUCUCAAUCUGAAAGCCCUGUGGCUGGCAGAAAACCAGUCCCAGCCCAUGCUGAAGUUCCAGACCGAGGAUGAUGAGAAGACAGGAGAAAAGGUUCUCACUUGCUACCUGCUCCCCCAGCAGCCCUCUCCCAGCCUGGAGAACCUGCUGCAGAACAGCGUGGAUGAGAGCUGGACGGACAGCAACUUGAACAGAGUCAGUGUGAUCCAGUUCCUGGAUGAGCCCAAAGGGGAUGAGGAUGAGGAGUCUGGAGCUGAGAGACGGGGCCUGCAGCGCAGAGCCACCCCUCACCCCAGCGAGCUGAAGGUGAUGAAGAAGGUGAUCGAGGUGCGGCGCAGCGAGGUGAACGCUGCCAAGGCUGAUGCCAACCCCAGCUCCCCCAACUCGGAGGAGAAGAGGCUGAGUGCCACGUCCAACCGCAGCGAGGACUCGCACCUGUCCGCCAGCACGGCCUCCGUGGAGGGCAGGGCAGAGGACAGGGACAGGGGCUGGCCCAACGGGCAGCUGCCCGACCUGCACAGGGACCUGCACAAGGACAGCAAGCCCAGGGCCCAGGAGGAGCACAAGGAGCCUGCUGACCACGAGGAGGAAGAUGUGGAAGUGGAGUACAAUGAGCCCACCGUGCACUUUGCUGAGGACACGCUGAUCCGCAGCGAGGAUGAGGAUGAGGACGAAGAGCGGCCGUUCCCCGUGGAGAAGCAGAGGCUCAUCCGCAAGGACACGCCCCACUACAAGAAACACUUCAAGAUCACCAAGCUGCCCAAGCCAGAGGCAGUGGUGGCACUCCUGCAGGGGCUGAACAGCGAUGGGGUCCCCAAAGAGGAAGAGGAGCUGGGAGGCUGCAAUAAUAACACAGAGCCCAGGGAUCAGGAGGAAGCGUGGGACGAGGAGGACAGAAAGAACGGAGCUCUGUCUGCUCAGCCCUCCGUGAAGGGGGUGUCGUUUGAUCAAGCCAAUAAUCUGCUGAUUGAACCUGCUCGCAUUGAGGAGGAAGAGCUGACCCUGACCAUCGUGCGGCAGACGGGCGGGCUGGGCAUCAGCAUCGCCGGGGGCAAGGGCUCCACGCCCUACAAGGGGGAUGACGAGGGCAUCUUCAUCUCCCGCGUGUCCGAGGAGGGUCCUGCAGCUCGGGCAGGGGUCCGUGUUGGUGACAAGCUCCUGGAGGUGAACGGCGUGUCCCUGCACUGUGCCGAGCACCACGUGGCGGUGGAGGCGCUGCGGGGCUCGGGCAGCUCGGUGUCCAUGACGGUGCUGCGGGAGCGGAUGGUGGAGCCCGAGAACGCCAUCACGGUGACCCCGCUGCGGCCCGAGGACGACUACAGCCCGCGGGAGCGGCGCGGGGGGCUGCGCUUCCCCGAGGACCCCGAGGCGGCCGCCGAGCGCUUCUCCACCUGCCUCAUGCGCAACGAGAAGGGGCUGGGCUUCAGCAUCGCCGGCGGCAAGGGCUCCACGCCCUACCGGGCCGGGGACACGGGCAUCUUCAUCUCCCGGAUUGCAGAGGGCGGCGCCGCGCACCGGGACGGGAUCCUGCGCGUCGGGGACAGAGUCAUCUCGAUCAAUGGGGUAGACAUGACAGAAGCCAGGCAUGAUCAGGCCGUAGCGCUGCUUACCGCGGCCUCCCCCACCAUCGUGCUGCUGGUGGAGAGAGAGGCCAGGGCAGAGGAGCAGCCCGGCGAGGGGGGCUCGCCCCGCGCCCGCAUGCACUCCCCGCCACCGGGACCCGGGGACAGCCUGAGCCUGCCCGAGGAUGCAGCCAGGAACCACCUCCUCAGCAAGGGGCUGGAGGACCAGUACCCCAUCGAGGAAAUCCACCUGGUGAAGGCAGGGGGUCCCCUGGGCCUCAGCAUCGUCGGGGGCAGUGACCACUCCAGCCAUCCCUUCGGCAUUCAUGAGCCUGGUGUCUUCAUCUCCAAGGUGAUCCCGCGGGGGCUGGCGGCGCGCAGCGGGCUCCGCGUCGGGGACAGGAUCCUGGAGGUGAACGGCACCGACCUGCGCCACGCCACGCACCAGGAGGCCGUGAAUGCCCUGCUCUGCAACAGCCAGGAGCUCAGCAUGCUGGUCCGCAGGGACCCCCCUCCCCCUGGCAUGCAGGAAAUUUGCAUUGAAAAGGCUCCAGGAGAGAAGCUGGGCAUCAGCAUCCGGGGUGGAGCCAAGGGCCACGCUGGCAAUCCCUUUGAUCCCACUGAUGAAGGCAUCUUCAUCUCCAAGGUGAGCUCCUCAGGAGCCGCAGCGCGGGACGGGCGGCUGCAGGUGGGGAUGAGGAUCCUGGAGGUGAACCACCAGAGCCUGCUGGGCAUGACGCACACCGAGGCCGUGCAGGUGCUGCGCGCCGUGGGCGACGCGCUGCUGGUGCAGGUGUGCGACGGCUUCGACCCCAGGGCGGCUGCGGCCAUCGAGAUGUCCCCAGGAAUCAUUGCCAACCCUUUUGCUGCUGGCAUCGGGCGCAAGAACAGCCUGGAGAGCAUCUCCUCCAUCGACCGGGACCUGAGCCCCGAGGAGCUGGAGAUCCUGCAGAAGGAGAUGGAAAUGGUGAGAGAAGCCACUCAGUGGGAGAGAGAAGAAGUGGAGAAAGUGGAGCGGAUGCGUAGGGAGCGGGAGGCGGCCACGCAGCAGCUUGAGGAGGAAGCAGAGAACGUCCCCAGCGAGCCCCUGCGCCUGGACUACAGAACCCUGGCAGCUCUGCCCAGCAGCGGCCUGCAGAGAGGCAACCGUGCUGCUCCCGUGGGCGAGUCUGGCGCAGGGAAUUGCAGGCGUGAAUCCCCCUAUUCCCCCAGCAAUCCUCAGGUGCCCACAGCCCCCCGGGCCCCUCACCUGGCCGGCAGGGAGACACGCUUUGCUUCCAUUAGCUUCAUCACAUCGCAGGAUGACAGUAAAUCACAGACCAAGCCUGGCGUCAUCCAGCCGCUGUCCCGUGUGCGACCGAGCGCCGCUGUGGCACUCAGGGCCGAGGAGGGGGACAGCCCCAACCCCUUCCAGCAGCCCCAGCCCUGCUUCAGGACCCACAGCUCUCCAAAGCCAUCGCCGCCGUCGCCACCAUCCCCUGACGAGGUGCCCAUCAAUGUCAAGCAGGCCUACAAGACCUUUGCAGCAGUGCCCCUGUCCCAGCCCCUGCUGGGGACACAGGAACUGUCUGGUCAGAGCAGCACAGAAAACACCAAAAUGGCCUUGGAGGUGGCUGCCCACAGCCCUGGGGGCCAGCACAGCCCUGAGCAGAGGUCCUUCCGGGAGAGGCAGAAGUAUUUUGAGAUUGAGGUGAAGCAGCAGCACCUGGACAAGCCUCCCAAGCGCGUGUCCCUGGUGGGGGAGGACGACCUGAAGAAGAUGAAAGAGGAGGAGGCCCGCAAGCUGCAGCAGCAGCGAGCCCUGCUGCUGGAGGAGGAGGCUGAGGAGGAGGAGGAGGAGGGCAGGCGGGCGCCCCAGGCCGUGCAGUCCAGCGUCAUCAUCGAGGGCGUGGAGUACAAGGUGGAGAGGCUGAAUGGGAGGAGCAGCCAGGCUCCAGCAGCUCGGCCCUUGGAGCUCAGUGAGAGCAGCAGCUCACAGAGGAAUUCCCUGGAGGAGGGCAUCAAGCCUGAGCACAGAACCAACUCCAUGUCGGGGUUAUCCCCCGUGGAGCCCGGCGCUCCCGUGCGCACGGCCAAGGCGGAGCGGCGGCACCAGGAGCGGCUGCGAAUGCAGAGCCCCGAGCUGCUGGCCCAGCAGGACAAGGACAAGGACAAGGAGCUGUCCCCGGCCGAGCGCCGCGCCCUGGAGGCCGAGAAACGCGCCAUGUGGAGGGCAGCACGAUGCUCAACCCUUGAAGACAGUGUUAAGCAGUACGAGCAGGACCUGGCCAGGAGGCUGUACCAGUCCAGGCAGAGAGCAGCUGCUGCUGCUGCCCCAGGGCAGAGCCAGCCCUCGAGAGCCACCCCUGGGGCAGGAGGAGGCCAAUCCAGGAUGAAGUCCCUGGAGCAGGACGCCCUCAAGGCGCAGAUGGUCAUUGCCAAGUCCAAGGAGGGCAGGAAGCGCAGCCCCCUGGAGCAGCUGGCAGAGUCACCGUCCCCCGCGCCCACGCCGUCACCCACGCCCAUGGAAGAUUGCAGCCCCAGGAACGUCACCUCCCCAGGAAGGCUGUCAAUGUCUGAAAAGAAGUUUGACUACCGGGAAUUUGCUGCUAUUCCUUCCUCCAAACCUGUUUACGAAAUCCAGUCCCCUGAUGCAGCUGAUGACCUCAGGCACGUGGAUGAGCGCAGUAACUCAGUGCCCCGGGAGCAGGACAGGCAGCCAGAGGAGGAGGAGGAGGCGCUGGCAGCAGGGGAUCCAUCAGCAGCAGCUCCCUCAGCCCUGGAGGACAUGGCCCUGUACAGCAGCAAGAGGAAGCUCCGGCACAGCCGGCGCAGCCUGGAGACCGCUGUGCCCACAUAGGUGGCCCUGGGCACUGGACUGGCCUGGCUCAGCCUGGCACUGGCCUGGCCUGGCACAGCCCCUCGGAGCUCCAGGGACAGCAGCAGGCUGCCCCCCUGCCUACAGACUCUGCAUGGGACGAGCUCCCCUGAGCUCUGUGGCCAGCUGACUCCUCUGGGGCCGUGGGCCGCCCUCGCUCUCACCCAACAGCGCACUGGGGCACAUCCCAAACUGGGACAACACUGGACUGACUGCUGGCAGAUGGAGAGGAGGGGUGGCCAGGACAGUGGGCAGAUUUUUAGCCUGUAAAUAUUGUGUGUCGGGAAGAGUAGGACAGGGAGAAUGUAGGAGUGUGAGAGUGUGUUGGGCUCCAGCUGUUACUGCCUCAGCUUGGGUUUUGUAGUGGUUGAAAGGAGCUUCUGCUCUGGUGGGAACCAGGAGAAAGGUCCAGCCUGCCUUUACUCCUAUUUAAUUUCCAGUCUUUUGCCAAAAAGCAUCUCCUCCCAGCUCCUGCACUGUGUCACCUCACUUCCUUUGGGAGUGUUUGGGAAUGGGAAGCUUGGAGGCAAAAAGAAGGAAAAACAAAAAGAGAAAAACGCACCAGAAUUCCAGCAAAGUGCCUCCCUCUGCCACUGGCACUCUGUGCUCAAGGAAAGCAGAGACAGCUCUCUGCCUCUGUCCUGGGGGGACUCUGCUCCUGCUGGGCCUUGUGCUCCCUCCCGGGAUGGGCACGUCCCCUUUGUCACCGCUGCAGAGCCUCUGCUGUGGCACUGGGGCUGAGCUGGUCGCUGGGCAGGAGUGGGAUGGGCUGGCAGCCAGAGCAGGGGUGCAGGGCUGUGUGACAGCAGUGGGGCAGCACAGGGGCACAGGUGUGACAGCAGGUACCUUAGGGGGUAGAGUUCAGGAACUGGGGAUGGGUAGAACGUGGAGUUGCUGGGGUCAGGUUGGGAGUUAGAGGAUCCUACACACGGAGAUGGGGAGGCCACGGUGGCCACAGUGCUGGCUCUAGGGUGGGGUGGGAUGUCACGGGUCCUGCUGUGCUGUGCUGUGCUGUGGGCUGGCAGGGAGCACCAGGAGCAGGAUGGGGCUGGCCUGUGCCUUGCAAUAACCACACAGUUCCACUUUGCCAGCUCAGCGGCUUCAGGCCCCUUCCCAUGGAGGACAGGGAAAAUGCACGUUUGCCCACACAAGAGGGAAAAAGGAAAAUGAGCAAUGAGUGGGGGUGUGAGCCUUGGUUUCCACAGGUUCUGAAUCACGUGAGCUCUGCAGAUGUGGAGGUCACAGCUGCUGCUCCCAACUCUGCCAUCAGCCUCUGCUGCCACUAGUGAGGGGAGACAACCCUUUUCUUUUUCUUUUAUCACUGCCUCUCACCGUGAGGAAGGUCCGAGCUCGGCACAAUCCCCUUCCCUGUCCAUUGGUGCUCUCUGACUCCCCAGCAAGAGCAGGGUUGGACCUUGAGCCUCACAGUGGCUGGGCAUUGACAGGCACAGCUGCUUGUAUAUUUGCUGAAGGAAAGAGCUGGAUGCAGUUUUCUGGGUGCAGUUUUUUAGUUGAGCCUCUCCUUUCAUGCCAAAAUCCAGCGGAUCAUUUUAACUGACUCUGAACGUUUUGAUUUUACAGACUUGUGAAGGGGAACUCUGAUAAUCUCACGCUGCAGCUGCAGCUGCCUCUGUCAUCAGCAAUUUGAGCUUUUCCUUUUUAAAUCUAAUUUUAGCAUUUGCUUUUUAACAAGAGCAGUUUUGGAAACAAUCCUGGCUGGGUUUUGGUGACUAACUUGUGAUUUUCUCUCCUUUCCCUGUGCGGUACCUGGUGCCAGGCUCUGGAUUCUCUCCCGUUCUCUCCCAAGAGACUCCGAGGGAAAAUUAGCGCAUCAAGACUGUAACUAGUGAAAUUUGUACAACCAAAGAAAUCUAUUUUGUGGUUCAAGGAUAAUAAAGUUUACUUUACAUUUUAGA